GGUGUGGCAACUUGGACCGAUGCACAUAUCCGUGGGAGAUUCAUUAAAUCCCAAAGAUAACACUGCGCAAUCUCUUGUUAGUUCAUUGCCUCUCUACAGUUUUAAAAACAAAAUAUCAUAUUUAGCUUAUUGUUCGUAUUAUGUGUUAAAUUAACCAAAUUUUAUUUCUCGCGUAAAAGUUUCAUAUCAAACUGGUAAUUCUUAUCUCUUCGCUUGAACUUUUUAAAAAACAACUUACUUAUAUAGACAAAAUUUACACCUAAGGCAUGGAAAAGGGUCAGACGUUUCGUAAACAGAAUAAAGAAAAAUUGCAAAAAGAAAGUCACAGUGAAAUUGAGAGGAAACGACGUGAACGAAUGAAAUUAGAAACAGAAUUUCUACACCGUCAAGUACCACAUUCACAAUGUAAAGAUAAAUUAUCCAUUUUUCUUGCUGGAGCUGAACGACUUAUUCAUUAUAACAACAAAUUGGGGAAAAGGGAAUAUAUCAUCAAUGAUGAAGAGUAUUCACGAAUUGUUAUCAAUACUAUUAAUGGAUUUGGUAUACAUGUCAAAUGUUCCAGUGGUGAAAUAUUAUAUGAAGAAAACUCUGAAAAAAUACUUGGUAUUCCUCAAAGUAGUUUUCUAGGCAAAACAAUUUAUGAUUUAGCCGAACCAAGUGUUAAUACAAAAAAAAUUAUCACUGAUAGCCUCAUGUUUUAUGGUUCAGAAAUGCAACAAGCCAGAGAUGGACACCUUGUUUCACGAAAUUUCAUCAUUGCCAUGUGUUGCGGAUCUGGUAUUCCAGUAAAACAUUGUAUACGCGGUUGUGAUGGUCAACUGUAUCGGUUUAUAGAAUUCUGUGGGGACAUUGUUUAUCAAAAUGUUAAUGAUUGUUCCGAAGCUUACUAUUUAUUCCGUGGUGUCUGUCGCCCUUUGGAUAUAGCCUGUCCAACUGUUCCCGAUAAUUCAUUUGAGAAACCCACUUCACGUAAUAAAACUAUCAAUUCUGAUCACGUUACUUUACGGAUUGAAGUGAAUACUUUUUCAAUAACAGAAGUUGUUGGAAAUUCACAAUCAAUACUUGGUUGGGAUGCUAAAGAUUUGUUGGACAAACAUGUUGAAGAAUUUGUUACCAUUCCUGAACAAAAUAUUGUCACACAUGCAAUACAAGAAACUGUUAAAAAUGGUUUGUCUACAAUAUUCAUUAAUUGGUUAAACUAUGGGAAAACAAAGUCAGUGUACUUGAGAGCUGUGUUUACAGCCAUCCAAUUGAAUACCUUUCUUUACUGUAUUACUUGCAAGCUAUAUUCAACUGAAUUUCCUGCGUUAACUCAGUCCGAACCAGAACCGCAGACACCGGUUUUCAAAUCACCAGACUACUCAAAAUUACAAGUAACUAAUAACGAAACAAUUGCUCCGUUUGACUGGAACAAUUCAUUUAACUACAACACUACAACUAAAAUAAAAUCAACUGAAUUUUCAUUGGGACCAUGUCAGCAUACAACUAACAACAGCAUUAACAAUGCACCAAUCUGUAGACCUGAUACACUAAACGUUACGGAUGGACAUCAUAUUGAUCUAACGAAAACCAACGGAAAUGGACAUUCUCAUACUUUGGAUAUUCCUCAUAGAUCUACGCAGGAAACAAAUGGACAAUGUUCAGUAAUUAGUAUGUCAAAUAAAAGUGACACAACGCAUAUUGCUCCAUCUACAUGUACUUAUGGUGAACAUUUCGAAACACUUCAACAUCCUAUUUUCUCUCUUGAUGCAGAUGACAUGAUUCCUGUUGAAACUAGUCAAACAAGUGACUCCAAAUACUUACCAGAUAAUAUAAAUGAUUCAAAAUAUAAUAAUAAUGAUGGACAAGACUGGCGCCAACUUCCAUUGAAUACUAGUUUCAGUAGUAUGCUUUCUGAAAGUGGACUACCUGAAUUAUUCAGUUCUGAUUAUAUAAAAGAUUUGAUUGAAGAAGAUGUAACCGACCUAUGA